UCUUGUUCUUUCUAAUUACUCUUGGUUUAACACUUAAACAAACUUUGGAAAGAAUCAUGGAGAGAGUUGAGAGAGUAAAGGGUAUCAAUGAGGUUUAUGCCACAAUCAAAAAGAUUGCUUCUCGCCUAAGCAUUACUGAGGAUCAAGCUACUUUUUUACUUUUGUUCUUUAAAUGGGAUGAAAAAAAAGUUGAGAAAGCUUGCGAUCCUGUUACUGGCUCAUCGACCUUUUACUUUCUCACCAAUCCUGCGUCAGAUUCGGCUAUGAACACAUCGAGCCCAAAACACAUGAUCUGGACAAUUGGGACUUGUUCUGUCCAGGUGGUCACUGCGGGAAAAUGUAUUUACAUUCUCGGAUAAAAAGCAUCAUGUCUGAGGAAGCAGUAACAAAAUACGAGGUUUCCGUGCUUGAGAGUUUUAAAAAGAGUCGGCUCGCAGACGGUCCAAUUGGGUAAAGGCUAGCACAACAUUGCUUGAUUUUUAACUGAUCAAUUAUUUGUUCAUUUUUAUACUAAAUUCAAUUUCAAAUACAAAAAGACUUGAAAAAGGGUAAAUGUUAUUACAAGCUUUAAUUAUUUUUCGAAUACACAACAGACUUGGAGAAAACAAAAAGGAGAUAUGAUUUGUGGCUGGUCUGGAAUCUGGAUGCUUUACUCGGAAGUAUUCAAGAAGGAAGUAUUCAAUAAGGAAGUACUCAUAUCUUACACGUCGGUUUAGGGCUCAUAUUCUCAUAAGAUAGAAAUUAAAUUAUAGUUAAAUAAUUUAGAACCGAGGUGUGGUUCUUUAAUUAAAAAAUAAUAUUUGACAGAAAUAAAAUUGAUUUACAUUGUAAUUGACCCCGUUUAUUACAUUAACAAUACUUUCAUCCACUACCACUAGAGUAGAGAGAAUGUAUUGGCAUUACUUAC